AUGACCAUGGACAUGCACGUGCAGCACCGCGGCGGUCUGCGGGUCGAGGCGGCCUCGGCCAGCACCAAGACCACCACGUCGUCGCCGGUGUCCUCGGAGGCGUCCGCCUCGUCCGGGCGCACCGGGUCGCCGAGCCGCAGCCCCGCCUCGUCGCCGUCCCUGCCCAUCCUCCACAACAACAACAAUAACAACAAGUCCCCGCCGCCGCCGCACCAGACGUCCAACAAGAUGUCCAUCAAGAGGAGUUUCGACGUGGCUUUCCUGAUGGCCCCCGACGACCUGAGCACCAUCAAGAAGCGCCACCAGGAGCAGGAGCAGCAGCUGCGCCUCGUGACCACGGCCUCGCUCAUGAUGAGGUCGGCGAUGACGCCCUUGAACGUGGCCAUCACGCCGCCGCAGCCCGCCGAGCACCAGCAGCACCGCAUCCUGCAGCAGCACCCGCCCAGCCUGAUGGUCAUGGGCCACGGCCUCCACGACGACCAGGCGCGCUCCGCCUUCACCAAAGUGUCCUCGUCGUCCUCGCUGGGCCCGCUGUCCGGGCCGCUCUCCGGCCCGGGGCUGCUGCUCAUGCAGAACCCUCCCCUGCCGACGUCGCCGUCGUCCGUCUCGUCCGUCUCGGCGGGCGGGCUGUCCCCCGCGUACCAGAACAGCCUCAGCCCCUCGCCAGGCCCCCGGCCCGCGUCCUCGGCCGCCUCCACGCCCACGCCCACCUCGCUGGGGGCGGUGCCCGGGGCCGGCUCCCCGCUCCUGGCCGCCGCCGUGUCCGCCUCCCUGAUGCCGCCCACGUUCGCCGCGCUGUCGCUGCCCGCGCAGAACGUGUGCGCCAAGUGCAACGUCAGCUUCAGGAUGACGUCGGACCUGGUGUACCACAUGCGCGCGCACCACAAGAGCGACCACGCCGUCAACGACCCCGGGCGGCGGCGACGCGAGCAGGACAAGCUCAAGUGCCCCGUGUGCGCGGAGAGCUUCCGGGAGCGUCACCACCUCACUAGGCACAUGACGGCCCACCAGGACAAGGAGGGCGACGCCAGUGAGGAGGUGGAGCAGCAGGUGGACCUGGGAAAAUUUCCUAAUGCUUCUAAAGAACACAAGAUAAAGGCCUUUAAGCAUCGGUAG